UCGCUCUUGCGAGUAACUUGGCGUUAGGUCUGAGCAGCUACCACACGUUUCUUAUACAGAGAGAGCGCUCAGAUUUUCUCCCUCCAUUAAGGACACCUCGGGCUGCUCUUUUUGCAAGCAGAGCACUGUGUAAGCUCCAACCCCCUCCCUUGCAAACUUUUAUUUCUCUGCUAGAUAACCUAGAGAGUGGAGGGGGGGAAUUAAAAAGCAAUCCAGGAGGGGGGGAGAGAAAUCUUACAUAGACCGGUACACGGAGAGACCGUGGGGGGAAAGCACGACAAAAAAAAAGAAACACCGAGAAGAUGGACAUGAAAAAAAGAAUUCACCUGGAGCUGAGGAACAGGACGCCGUCUGAUGUACGAGAGUUGGUUUUGGACAACUGCAGAGCACAUGAAGGCAAAAUCGAGGGACUAACAGCUGAGUUCAUCAAUCUAGAGUUCCUAAGCCUAAUAAAUGUGUUAUUGAUGUCUGUUUCAAAUCUUCCCAAGCUCCCAAAGUUAAAAAAGCUUGAGCUGAGUGAUAACAGAAUUUCUGGAGGUCUGGAUGUUCUAGCAGAAAAACUACCCAACCUGACACAUCUAAAUCUCAGUGGAAACAAAUUAAAAGACAUUAGCACCUUGGAACCGCUGAAAAAGCUAGAGAAUCUGAAGAGCCUCGACCUGUUUAACUGUGAAGUAACAAACCUGAACGACUACAGAGAAAGUGUGUUUAAACUCCUUCCGCAACUCACUUACCUGGAUGGAUAUGACCGAGAAGACAAGGAGGCCCCAGACUCUGAUGCAGAGGCUGAUGGAGAUGGUGUUGAUGAAGAGGAGGAAGAUGAAGAGGGAGAGGAGGAGGACGAGGAAGAUGAAGAAGAGGAGGGUGAAGAGGAAGAAGACGUAGAUGAGGAAGAAGAUGAAGACGAUGAUGAGGAGGAGGUUGGGGAAGAAGAUGAUGAAGAGGAUGCCAGUGGAGAUGAGGAAGAGGAUUUUGGUCAUGAUGGAGAAGUAGAUGAAGAAGACGAAGAUGACGAAGAGGAGGACGAUGAUGAAGAAGAUGAAGAAACUGGAAAGGGAGAGAAAAGAAAGAGAGAUACAGAUGAUGAUGGUGAUGAAGAGGAUGAAUAAGAUGGACAAAUGGAGAUUUCAAAAAAAAAAAAAGAGAAAAAAAGGACCUUAAUGGAUAAUACAGUAUUGAUUGAACUGACCCACCCAUGGAUUUCUGAUAAGCAAGUUGACACGCAGAUUGCAAGCGUCGUAGCAAUUAAAACAUAACAGGCCCCCAUCCCUGAACACCCAAAGAGCCAAAGAGUUGUUACUGUGACAUUCCUACAGCCAAUAACCCCCUCUGGAAGCUUACAACGUGGUUUAUACUUAAGUUUCAAAAAGGCAAAAAAAAAAAUUAAAUAUAUAUAUAUAUGUAUAUGGAUAAAGUAUAUACAAAGCUUUCGGCUAAACAGACCGGGACAGUGCUCUUGCUGUUCUGGUGGGGUUCUCAAGGGUUUUUCAAGUUAGAACGCUGAGGGUGUGAAUAGUGAGUCAUGAAUGUCAAUGGCUACCCGUUAAGCUGAGGUUGGAGCACCAUUUUUACUUUCUGUACAACAACGGAAAAAUAGAAAAAAAAAAAAAAAAAAACCUUUGUAAAUAAAAUCUUAACAUUUUUGGUCUGUUUUUCAUGCUCUGCUUUUUUUCCUUUUUUUCUUUUUUUUUUUUUUUCUAACAGUUUAAUAUUUUUUACAGUAGGAUGUUUUUGCGACAACUGCAGAUUAAAAAGUAUUUUUUAAGAACCUGAGUGAAAUAAACAUGUUACUAUUUGGUAAA